CGCUAAACCGCCCGUGUUUCUUUUUUUGGUCUGAUGUUAAAACAAGCGCACCACAGGUUCUUGUAGGAAGGGCAUUUACGAAACGACCGUACUGCAAUACCAUAUUUAUAUCUAUUUAAACUUAUAUGGUUGUUCGGGAUGCUUCAAAGGAGUACAACACUACGGUAUUUUUUGGGUCUCUUUCCUGGGAAACGUCGUUUUGGUCCGUAUCGAUUUCUUCCAGUCUUUUUUUGCAUUGGAGGUGUCAUGGAGUGGAUCAUGAUCAACGUGAGAAUAGGAAAAGAAACAUUCUAUGACGUCUACCGAAGAAAACAAUCCGAGAGGGAGUACCAGCAAAAAGUAGCAGAUGGUGGCACAGCCGUGAAUGAGCCCACAGCCAAGUGAAGGAUGCUUGUGUGGACUUGAUACAUUUCAUCAUGGACACAUCCUUUGGAAUUUUGCCACAGGAGCACACAUCUAAAAUCCAUGAAGUUAUGGGACGAUUAUGCAGAGUUUAUGUCGUUCACAUUUUAAAUGAAUGACACUGUAUGUUUAUAAUCACGUAUGAGGCGUGUUGAUCAGACUUUAAAUACAAAAUGCACCUGCAAAGACCCCAAAGUGUGUGUUUGGUGUGUGACUGUCUAUAAUAAAGUGCUAUAUUAUGCAUGACAAAUUAAGUAGAUUUUUUGGGGGUCAUUUCUUGUGAUCAACAAUGUAUAUGAUAAAGCCUGAAUUGUUUUGAAUUGUAUGUUUAAAAUAACGUGUCAUGGUUUUCUAGGAAUGGAAGUAAAAAAAAAAUACAACAAAGAAGUCAAUUCAAAGCUUCAUUAUACCAUCACUAAAAUAUAUCUCUGAAA